GCGCGCGCUCACUUCCUCCACAGCUCUUCUUUUAGUCUGUCUGUGUUGAUAGCGGCUUUUGCCUCCACACGUGCAAUCUUUUCUAUGUGAAGCCCUCUCUCUGGGACCCGUCUACAAGCUCAUCCUGCUCUGUCAGAAUAGGUGUAAAGCCAUAGAAACCGACAACCAUGGGGGCUUAUCUGUCGCAACCUAACACGACCAAGACCUCUUCCGAUGGCGGCAAUAGCAACAUGAGCUACGGUUUCUCUGCCAUGCAGGGCUGGCGCGUCUCCAUGGAGGAUGCUCACAAUUGUAUCCCAGAGUUUGAUGAGGAGACCGCCAUGUUUUCUGUUUAUGAUGGACAUGGAGGUGAAGAGGUGGCUCUGUACUGUUCAAAGUACCUUCCUGACAUCAUCAAGGAGCAGAAGACCUACAAAGAUGGCAAACUGCAAAAGGCUCUGGAGGAUGCCUUCUUGGCCAUUGACAGCAGAAUGACCACAGAGGAAGUCAUUAAGGAGCUGAUCCAGAUUGCAGGACGGCCAACUGAGGAGCCUCCUGUUGAAAAGGUUGCUGAAGAGGAUGAUUUGGACACAGAGGAGGCAGCUUUGCUCCACGAAGAAGCCACAAUGACCAUAGAGGAGCUGCUGGUACGCUAUGGCCAGAAUCUCAACGCUGUCAAGCAUGCAGCUGCCCUCAGUGCGGCUGCUAAGAAAGCUGCCUGCUCACACCCUGAGGCCUCGGCAGACAAAGGAGAAGGGGGGAAAGGACAAAAGGAGGGGGUAAAUGGAGAUGUGGAGGAGGAAAGCAAUGGAAAGGCAAAGGAAGGUGAAGGAGCGGCGUGCGGGUCCAAGCUGCGAGCCUGUCGGAGAGCAGCAGGAGGAGGGGAAGGCAGCGGUUCAGCAGCUGACUGCGGAGGGUCGGGAAGCUCAAACGGAGAAGAAAAGGCCGGUAAGGCAGAGGGAGAUGCAGGUCCGUCCUGCUCCUCUUUGUCCUCCAAGGCUGCAGGAGAUUCCAAGUCCAGGUUCUUUGAUGACAGCGAGGAGUCUGAGGAGGGAGAGGAGGAGGGUAGUGAUGAAGAGGAUGGCAGCGAAGAGGAGGAGGGUGACAGCAGUGAGAUGGAAGAAGAGGAGGAUACAGAGGAGGGGGAGGAAGACUCGGAAGAUGAAGAGGAGGAGGAAAUGUGCCUACCUGGAAUGGAUGGCAAGGAGGAGCCCGGCUCAGACAGCGGCACCACAGCUGUUGUGGCUCUGAUCCGAGGAAAACAGCUGAUCGUGGCCAAUGCUGGGGAUUCUCGCUGUGUGGUGUCUGAGCGCGGCAAGGCUGUUGACAUGUCGUACGACCACAAGCCAGAGGACGAGGUAGAACUAGCUCGCAUUAAAAACGCUGGAGGAAAAGUAACCAUGGAUGGACGCGUCAACGGUGGACUGAACCUCUCCAGAGCUAUUGGUGACCACUUCUAUAAGAGGAACAAGGCUCUGCCUCCAGAGGAGCAGAUGAUUUCUGCGAUGCCAGAUGUCAAAGUUCUGACGCUCAACGAGGACCACGACUUCAUGGUCAUUGCCUGCGAUGGCAUCUGGAAUGUGAUGAGCAGUCAGGAGGUGGUGGACUUCGUCAGCGAGAGGAUCAAACUAGACCAGAACGGCAAAGUCAGACCCCUGUCAUCCAUAGUGGAAGAGCUGUUGGACCACUGUUUGGCCCCCGACACCUCUGGAGAUGGGACAGGAUGUGACAACAUGACUUGCAUUAUCAUCACCCUUCGGCCACACCCUGCUUCUGCUCAGCCAGAUGACACCAAGAAGAGGAAGCACCAGGAGGAGGAGGCAGAAGCAGCUGAGCCGGAGAAGAACGGAAAUGACAGCAAAAAGGCUAAAAGUGACUAAAGGCACAGAGAAACUGUCCCAGAGGGAGCAGCUGGUCCCAGGCCACCCCAGAUCCACCAGAGACACACUCUGUUCAAAAUUUAAUCCUUACCUCACAAACAUCGGUUCACCCUAAAACAGAGAUCACAACUGCUAUACGUAUGCUCAAAAAUUGGCCGAACUAAGAUCAUCAGUAUAGUUUUUUGCUCUCUGUUUUAGGCUGAUUCUCACUUUAAAACCCCUCCAGUCUUUUUUCUUCUUUUUUUUUUAUUCGGUCUUUCUGGAAAGAAGCUGGACACACCUUUACUUCUUAAAUUCAGAAGAGGCAGACUCACAGGCAUGCUGAAUAGCACAUGAUUUCCCAAGUGUUUGUAACUUGAAGAAAGAUGCAGAAAGAACCAGUCUACAGAGAUAAAUGUGUAUUUCUAAACAUUUUGGAGAUGUGGCACCAUCUCUGCAGACGUGCACUGCACUGGGUUAUUCCUAAAAUCUUUUUCCACGUGGCGGCUUCACACUUCUGUUUUAGUGGUUUGAGGAUAGCUCUCAUAGUAACCUGUGUCUGAUGCUGUUCACAUGUUACAGUGUGACAUGAAUUUUCAUGUAGUUCUGCGAUAUAAAAUGUGCACAUUACUUUCCAACAUGAAUCAACACAAUGCUCUUUGUGUUGUGUCCAAAAUCAAAGUUAUUCAUUGGUUCUCUAAGUGCUAUAAAAACCACGAAUUCCACUCAAAGGCACAGUUUCACAUCCUCUAAUUAAAAGAACUCAGAGAGGGGA